AUGCAUCGAGUGAAUUCGACCGAGACAAAUGUGAGCACAAUUCGUGAGCAAGUACACGACCAGUUACCUCCUGGUAUCGUACGGACGCGAUCCAUCGUACCGUAUUCAUCAAGGCACACCGAUCUCGACCAACACCGCACCCAUGAUUCGGAAAAGGGAGCGAUCGUCAACUAUGUCAAUUGGGAAGUGGACGAUCCCGAAAACCCUCACAAUUGGUCUACUGGUUAUCGAUGGUUGUAUACCAUGAUUGUUGCCGGUCUUGUGGUAUCUGCCGCUUUUGGUUCUUCGGUGAUUACCGGUCGUCUUCAGGGUGUCGUUGAUACCUUUGGUGUUUCCAUGGAAGUCUCCACGCUUCAAGUGUCACUCAUGGUCUUUGGUUUCAUGACCGGUCCUCUGCUUUGGAGUCCUCUUUCUGAACUUUUUGGCCGCAAACCCAUCUAUGUCAUUUCGCUUGGUAUAUAUACCAUUUUCAACAUUCCCUGCGCUGUCGCCCAGAAUGUCGAAACCGUGCUGGUGUGUCGUUUCUUUGCGGGAUUUUUCGCUUCCGCUUCGCUGACGUUGGCCGGUGGAAGCAUCAGUGACUUGUUCCCCACCGAAACACGAGGUAAUGCUAUUGCAUAUUUCGCGGCUGCCCCGUACGCCGGACCUGUUCUUGGUCCUUUGGUCGGCGGUUGGAUCUCUGUCGGUACCCAAAAUUGGCGCUGGAUUUAUUGGGUGAAUAUGAUUUUUGCUGGUGUGAUGUGGAUCAUUAUCUGUUGUAUGCCAGAAACAUAUGCUCCCACCCUGCUCCAGAAGCGUGCCAAGCAUCUGCGAAAGGAGACAGGCGACCCCUCGUACGUCACCGUUGAAGAAGAAUUCCCUGUGCCGCUGUCAGAACUGAUCCGCGCCAACUUGAUCCGUCCCUUCCAGAUGCUGGUAACGGAACCAAUCUUGUUGCUCAUGUCGGGUUAUAUUGCCAUCAUCUAUGCGCUUCUGUAUGCCUUUUUCUUUGCGUACCCUAUUAUUUUUGGCGAAGUCCAUCAUAUGAAUGACGGUGAAAUCGGCCUGACCUUUAUCGGUGUACUCAUUGGUGUUGCUUUUGCAUUGGUCGCUACGCCCGUUUUGGAAAAAGUCUAUCGCCGCGCUGGUGCCAACCGAGCUGGAGGCGUGGCUACACCCGAAGAUCGAUUGCCGGGAAUGAUGAUCGCCGCUCCUUUUGUCCCUAUCUCGCUUUUCAUCUUCGGUUGGACAUCGUAUCCGUGGGUCCACUGGAUCGGUCCCACUUCCUCUGGUAUCCCAUUUGGUUUUGGCAUGGUGCUUGUGUAUUAUUCCGCCAACAACUACAUCAUCGAUUGCUUUCCUCGCUAUGUCACCUCGGCUUUGGCGGCCAAAACUGUCGUUCGUAGUGGUGGAGGAGCCGCUUUCCCUCUAUUUAUUGUGCAAAUGUACCAUCGCCUGGGAAAUCAAUGGGCAAGUACUUUGCUGGCCUUUAUCAGCCUUGCCAUCGUUCCAAUUCCUUUUGCGUUUUACCGAUGGGGACCUCAAAUUCGCGCUCGGUCUAAAACCGCGACACAUUAA